GCACCUCCAGAACCUCACAAACACAUCAAUCAAGCAAGCAGCACAUUCUUGUGGGACUCUGAUCAGUCUCGGCCUCUCAGGGAAGGAAGAGAAGAGACUGCUUGGUGAAGUCGCUGGUUUCGUGUGAUCAAGAGCUCGGGUAUGGAGUUGGAGAUGGUGAGCCAGCACGGGGCGCUGCUGAAGGUGGGGCUGUUCGUGCUGGUGCAGGCGCUGGUGUACCUCAUCCUCGCCCAGUCCUCCUCCGUCUUCUCCACCACCAAGACCCUCUGUCUGCCCCCGGCGCGCUCCCUCAGCGCCCGCCGCAUGGUCGCGCUGCUCUCCGACCUGCCGCUGCCGCUCGGCGGCGAGCCCUCGCCCCGCGCCGCCUUCGUGGAGCCGCCGUCGCCCGUACCCCUCGCCCACCAGAAGAAGGAUUAGUUAUUAACCAAGCGCGACUGGCGGCAGGGACACGGACCGAGCUAGCAAGCGAUCGUUUCCGAGCUACUAGUAGUAGUACUCGGUGCGUGCUGUAGGAGCUAUUCACGCCAUUCUUUCAUUGAUUGGUUAUUGGUUUGUUCUUUGGGAUUGGAUAUGUAAACUGAGCUACACGCCGUUUGGGUUUGUACAAUCAAGUGAAGAUUAUGUUUUGGCUACCGUGCAA